AUGGCAGAGAUUGUGAUCUCAAUCGUGUCAAAGGUUGCAGAAUACUUAGUGGCUCCGAUUUCACAUGGAGCUGCGUAUUUUUUCUGCUUUAAGCAGCUUAAUGAAGACUUCAAGAAAGCAAAACAAGAGCUAGAGGUGAAACUAGAAGAUGUGAGAAAGCGUACGGAAGAAGCAGAACGAAAAACUGAAGAAAUAAUGCCAUCCGUGAAGAAGUGGUUGGAUGAUGUGAAUGCUAUCCUAGGAGAGGUACAAAAGCUGCAACAAGAGCUUGAUCGAGGACGAAACAAUUGUUUCAAUGUGUCUGUUAGAUACUCAUUAUCCAAACAAAUAAAAAAUAAGGCUAAACAGAUGAUGGACCUCAAACAAAAUUCUGACUUUCAGCCAUUUUCCCAGGUGAUCCAACUUCCUGGAAUUACCUACUUCUCUUCCAAAGAGUUUGUGGAUUUCAACUCAAGGAAAUCAACUUGUAAUCAUCUUUUGGAGGCAAUUAAAGAUGGCACGAACAAGAUGGUGGGAUUAUAUGGUAUGGCAGGAUCAGGCAAGACGACUUUGGCGAAGGAAGUAGGCAAGAAAGUAGAUGAGCUAAAGCAUUUUGACAAGGUCAUCAUGGCAGUCGUUUCAAAACCCCCAAAUGUUUUGAACAUUCAGCAGGAAAUAGCAGGGCAAAUAGGCUUACAACUUCAAGAGCCAACUCAACUUACUAAAGCACAAAGGCUAUCAGAAGGAUUGAAAAAUAAGAAGAUUCUUAUAAUCCUGGAUGAUGUGUGGAGCAAACUAAGGCUUGAAGAUGUUGGAAUUCCAUUAAAUGAAGGUUGUUGUGUAUUGUUGACCACUCGCCUCCAUGAUGUAUGUGUUUCUAUGGAUUGUGAAAGUAUUAUUAAAUUGCCUCUCUUAACAGAGGAAGAGUCAUGGGCAUUGUUCAAGAUGUGCGUUAAAACAGCCAAUGUGUCAAUGAAUGAGUUUGAUAGCAUUGGAAGGCAAAUUGUUGAUGAGUGUAAAGGUUUGCCUAUUGCAAUAGUGACAGUCGGAAGCACAUUAAAAGGAAAGAGUAUUCAAGCGUGGAAGUCAACACUAAGGAGGCUACAACGUCCCCUACCAUUGGAUAUUGAAGAUGAUUUGAAGACCCCUUAUGCAUGUGUUGAAUUAAGUUAUGAUAAUUUGCCGAGUGCACUAGCCAAGUCGCUCUUCAUAUUGUGUUCUAUGUUUCCUGAGGAUCAUGAAAUCCAUAUAGAGGAUUUAAUUCGUUUUGGCAACGGGACUCUAAAGCUUGGUGACGAUAUUCAUACAAUAGGGGAAGCAAGGAAUGAGAUUUUUGCAGCUAUUGAGAAAUUGUUAGAUUCUUGUUUGUUAAUGAAUACCAAUAAGCAGGAACGUGUAAAAUUGCAUGAUGUUGUUCGAGAUGUAGCCUUAUGGAUCACGAAGAAGCAACAUCAAGAAGUUUUGGUAGAUAGCCAUUCAAUUUCGAGCAUGCUGGUAAGCAACGGCCACAAAUUGAAUGAUGCGAAGGCACUCUCAUUGUGGAAUUUGGAUAAGAAUUUCAAGAUCUUUAAUAAAUUGCAUUGUCCAUCACUGGAGAUUUUGCUACUUCAGCCUGAUGGGUUCAUUGAAGAUAUUGGAGCAAUAGAAACACUUAAAGUGUUGGCACUCAUAACACAUGGCUUUCAAUGGAGAUUUCAGCAGCAAACUUUUUGCUCUGUCCCACAAUCAAUUGUAUUGUUAACGAAUCUUCAAACCUUGUGUCUUAGAGGGAAACAAUUGGGUGACAUCUCUUUCUUGUGUGAACUCAAAGGAUUGGAGAUUCUUGAUUUGCAUGGUUCUCUAUUUAAUGAAUUACCUGCUGAAAUUGCAGACAUGAAAAUGCUGAAACUUUUGGAUAUAUUUGGUUGUGAAAUUGAGAAAAGCCCUUUAGAAGUAAUUAGAAGAUGUGAGCAGCUUGAAGAAUUAUACUUCCGGGAGAAGAUAUCUGUCAUCCCUGAGAAUUUCUCUCUUUCAAGGUUGAAGAGGUAUGUCAUCUAUGAUUCCACGUGCAGAAUGAUUGAUGAAUAUAUGGGUAACUCUUUCCAAGAAUAUUUAGAUAGUUGUGAUGAAGCAUUAAGAGCUUUAUGCAUACAAGGCUUCAGAAUCUUUGCUUUGACUUCGUCAAUGAAGGAUCUCAUUUUUCGGGCAAACCACCUUUGGUUAGAUAAUUGUUCAUGGAAUCAUAAAGAUAUAAAUUUUAGGAUAAAGCAACUCGUGGUAUCAUUCUGUCAGGAGAAAAGAUUCAUCAUGGAGAACUCUGAUAUGGACACUCUUCAACCACAACAAAUCUUCUCAGACUUGAUAACUUUACGAUUGUUUAAAAUGAAUAGUCUUGAACAGUUGUUUGAAGCUUCAUCUAUCAGCUACUCUCUCCCCAUGUUACAAGAGCUGUCGAUACAAAGUUGUCCUGAAUUGAGAACUUGCAUCUUCCCCCAUGCCAUGGUUACGAGCUUGCCAAAGCUGAGGAGACUUGUGAUUGAGGGUUGCGGCAAAGUGAAAUGGUUAUUCUCUUAUUCUUUGGCUUCUCAUUGUCCGUCCUUGGAGGAGAUAAUUAUAGCCAAUUGCUUUGAGCUUGAGAGGCUCAUUGAUGAAGAAGCUGCACUUGGGGAUCCAUUACUUCAUGACAUGCAAUACUCUCAUCCACAUGUAAGUAUUAUUCGCGAAAUCCUUCUUGAAUCAUUGCAUAUUAGAAAUAAUAAUCCGUGUUCGUGCAUUUGCUGA